AUGGCUGCUUUGACGACUGCGGUGGUGGGCGGGACACUCUCGACGGCGGGGUUCUCCCCUGGCUCCUUUCCAACAGCGCUUUUUCCGCCUUGCAGAGCUGCCAACACCUGCACACUCUCAGCUGGUCAACUCUCCUCACCCAGGCGACGAGCGAAGCGGAACGACGGAGGAGAUGGGACGUUCGGACCGGGAGACUACGGUUGGGGUACUGAUAUCGUGACCGAGACGCUGACGACCGACGUGACGAAUGUUGGUCCGCAACCAAUCGAGACGGAGUACACAACUUGGGGAGUUACCGAGACUCGUACGGCGAAGGUUGUCGAAGUGACGGUCUACGAAGGUUUCGGCACGACCAUCACCUUGACGCCGCAAGUCGUUACUUAUACUCUCUUCCCUACCUCGACCGAGCUACAAGUCUCGACGAUCAUCGACUCGCAGACGUCGUACAUUACCUCGACCGCCGUCCGAACCCUCACUCUCGCCAGCUCCGCUACAAUCACCGCUCCUCCGCCUCCUUCGACUCGUACUAGUGCAGAGACACUGCCGACCACGCCUCCGCCAUGGCUGACGAUUUCGAGCUCGUCCUCACCAAGAACCCCUUCAUCAAUCUCCUCCUCACGUCCCGCCAAACCGACUUCGUCCGCCGCGCCAAGUGCUUCCGACUGUCAACCCGGCGAAGCAGACGAGCGCGUCCCAGGCUUGUUCAGCCCGACGGAGGAACAAGCAUGGACGUUGAUUGCGGCGGGUAUUUCUAUCGCCAGCAUCACGAUUGCGUGGAACUUGUGGGGCCUGAGGUGGCUGUUGUAUAGCUUUAAGUCGUAUACGGUGUUCGUGCACGAGAGCGGCCAUCUCCUCGGCGUGCUCCUUUCAGGCCAGCGCCUCUACCGCUUCACGAUCGACCCCAACACAGGCGGCGCAACACACACCGUACCGGGCACGCUCCUCCGCCCGCCCUCGCUCUUCCUCGGCCCGCUUUCCUCCCUGCUCUUCGGCGCCGGUCUCGUCUUCGCGUCGUUCGAUACACGCGCGGCGAAGUAUACGUCUUUUGUCGUAGAAGUGCUAUGGGUCCCGGCGGUGGCGUUGCAGGGGAAUUGGGUUAGUAGGGCGAAUUGUGUGCUGCCGGUUGGGUUGUUGAUUGGCUUAUGGUUCGUAGACCACGCCUACACCCUGCGGUUCUACAUCCUCUUCCUCGGCGGUGCGUUCCCUCCCCUUCUCCCUCCUCCGCUGAGCGACAGAAGAAAACAAAACGAAUGCUGCGUCGUAAUGAUCGAAUCAAACACCGCCGUCUCCGCAACCCGUGUGUUCUCCUCCUUCCUCUCCUCCUCCCUCCUCCGUCGUCUCCCGCUGAUGAUUGGAUUCGAUGGCACAGUCUGGUUUGGCUUGUUCUUCGCGUUGUCGUGUCUCGCGUUCGUGGGAGUGGUGUUGGGAGGGUUGGCGUAUUGGAGAGAGACCGGGAGGGCGAUGUACUGCGAAGCACAGGCGUUCUUGCCGACGUAG